UGUCAUAGGGAUGGGGUCCUGGUACCAUAUGUGAGGGACUCAACAGCUGAUAGGGGGAGGGGACUGGAGCCGUCCUUCUCAGGGGGUGAAGGACAGGAUGGCAGCUGUUCUGGAAAAGUGCCUAUGCUGGAUGGCUUUUCUCAUUUAAUGUGUGUCUGUCUCCAUGUUCUCAUGUCUUGCUCUUGUUUCUUCCAGUCGCUCUCAAUGGGUUGAUCUUUCCAGAAUUGUUCUGUGACUCCUCUGUUAACCCCUCUACUCUAGCCCAGUUUCUUUUUGUAUUUUAGCUACCUUUGUCUAGCUUGUUCUCUUUCCCCCAGCAAAAAUCAGAAUCUGUCUUGCCUGCCAUUUCCCACUGUCUCUGUGUUCUCUCUAGCCACUUCACUAGCACUUUUCCUGCAAGUUUCCUUUUCCAAUAUACACUUUGGACCCAAGGAUGAUUUCUCUGACCAACUGUUUGUGUGCCCUGGUGAGUUUAUGUUCAGAGGUGUGUGCCCGUGUGGUGGGCAGUGUGUGUGUGAGGAGAGGAUAUCAUUUACUGCUAGCAGCGCUGGUCAGUCUGGCCCCACUUCUGCAAGGACUUAGCAACCCUAGAAGCAUCUUCUCCAACAGCAACAACUUCUUCAAUGUGAAGUUUGUACAUUGCUCCUGUGGCUGGACGUUUCUUCUGUUAUCUGGAUUUGUUCUGUUGGUGUCAUUUGUCUCCACUGGCCGACCAUUCCUCACUGCAAUGCACCUUACAAGAUUGGGUGUUGGUACAGCAUUAUGUCAAGGGAUACCCCUCCUCUUCCAGCUGCUGGAGGACUUAACUGGUUCCUGUCACCAGCCUCUACCACCUGGUACACUUCUCUUAACAAAACUAAUUGACAGAGCAAGCUGUCAAGCCGAGGGGCACCAGUGGCAAGGUUACCACAUAUCCCCUCAAACUUUUACUCUCACGCUAUGCAGCUUGUCAAUGGCAGAUGAGCUAGCUGUAUUUGUACGGUAUCUACGAAGAGGCUACCCAGCUAGCACAUCACUACGUCUAGUCUUCCUGUUGAAUGCCAGCCUUAUGGGAUUGUAUAACUUACUAUUGGUGUCUACUGCACUGUAUGCUCCUAGCUACACACAAUGUGUGGUUGGAGCUGCAGCUGGCACUCUGUGUUGGCACUUGACUUAUCGAGUAUGGUACCGUACAUUUUAUUCACCAGGUCUUCCUGGUCAUGGAAUGUUCCCUAAAGUGAGUGGAGUCAGGAAAAGUCUGGACUCAGAAGGAAGUUUGCAAUGACAUUUCAAAUGGAUUCUGCACCUAUUCAACCUAUUCAACUGGCAUAUGCUCCUUGUUAAAUGGAGUACUAUAUACUAAGCUUUUCAGAUAUAGCAGUGCCUUACACUACAAUGCUUGGAAUUCUCAUGUCAUCACUAAAUACCUAUAGACCACAACCCACUUUGCUAUCUGUUCUGACAAAUUGUGCCAUUUUACUCAGCGAUUCAAUCAGGUCAUUGAGAAUAAGGCCUAAGCCACAUUUUUACUUGUUAAUCUGUCAGGAUAGAUAGUAGGAGAAGAAGAAUUAUUCUUUAACAGAGCAACUUUUCAAGUAGUCUUGCAAAAAAGAUGCAUUCUGGUUCAUUUGGUGGUGUAUAUGCUUUCCUUCUUUGAGGAUUUCCCACCUAUGCAAAGAUACCUAAUUAAAAACUUCAUAUUCAACUCAGGAUUCUGGUGCUGUCAGUGAUCAAAACUCUCAUUGCGCCAUAACCCUUAAAUGGAUAUACUACAAAUAUAUCACUGAAUUAUAA